AUGGCGGAGUUUGCGCUUGGGUUGACCAAGACGGCGGUGGAGGGCACGGUGAGCAGGGUGAAGUCAGCCAUCGACGAGGAGGUGAAGCUAAAGGUUCAGGUGCAGAAUGAUCUGGUGUUCAUCACAGGCGAGUUUGAGAUGAUGCAAUCAUUCCUCAACGUCGCCAAUAAAGAGCGUGCCAAGAAUGAAGUGGUGAGGACGUGGGUCAGGCAGAUCCGCGACCUCGCCUUCGACGUGGAGGACUGCGUCGAGCUCGUUGUCAGCCUUGACAGCAAGUCAGGCAGCUGGUCCUGGAUGUGGCGUGUGCUGCCGGAUUGCAUGGCACCUCCGCGAUCUCUCGACCAGGCAGUCACCGAGAUACAACAACUCAAGGCAAGGGUGGAGGAUGUCAGCCACAGGAACACCCGCUACAACCUCAUUGGCGACUCCAGCAGCAACUCCAAGACUUCUGCACCAGCACCAGAUCUUACGCGCAACGCCGGCCCAUCAUCGUCAAGAUUCCACAUCUUACGCGAGGUGUGGGAGGCUGCCGGGAAGAUGCGGCACGACAUGGGUGACCUAAGAAAGUUGAUCAACAGCCAAGAGAAUGUCCUUGAGGUGAUAUCACUAUGGGGAGGUCCUGGAACAGCUGCUGAUCUUGGGGCCACACAUGUCAUCCAGGAGGCAUACAAUGACCCAAAAAUCUGCCAAGAAUUCAAAAGCCGAGCAUGGGUAAAGCUGGCGCAUCCUUUUAACCCCGACGAUUUCCUCAGUAACUUGCUAACUCAGUUCUAUGCAAGCUCGCACCGAGCAAAGCUACUAGGUGCAGAGUUCCAGAGAAAGAUGAGAGCGGUACUGGGUACGAAAGAUGAUCUUAGGAAAGCCCAGCUCAUGAAGCAAGUGAUCUAUGAGCAGAGGUAUCUCGUCGUUGUGGAGCACCUAUCCACUGUGGGACAGUGGGACACCAUCAGAAUGUACCUGCCAGACAGUGGAAACGGUAGCCGCAUUGUGGUGACGACACAUCAACUGGGGCUUGCAAUCGCCUGCAUGGGGAAUCCCUACCAAGUAUCUGAGCUCAGGCAACUCUCUUAUGGCCAAUCUCUUUGUGCCUUCUUCAGCAAGGUUUCUGGACGUCGGAGUGAUAUGGGUGAACUUAUUUGGCAAUUAAAAUGUGGUGGUGUAAUCUCUGUGUGGGGGUGUACGCGAGAUGAAACAACUCUUGUUUAUAAAGUGUACACGGCCAUAGCACAUAAGUCAAAAGAAUUCGAAGGAGUUGAAUUCAAACGACAUAUCUGGGUUGACGUACCAAAUCCGUUCAAUUUGGGGAUUUUCUCCCAACGCUUAUUUUUUAAUUUUCAUUCAGAUGAUCUUCGAUCAAAAGAAAUUAAAUCAGCUGGUACAACUGGAGGCACAAGUUUAAUUGAAAGGUGCCGGAAUUUUCUGUGUGAAGAUGACUGCCUUGUUGUUAUUAAUGGUUUGAGCUCUACGGAUGAUUGGGGCCUCAUAAAAGCUGCCUUUUUUCCCGAGCCUGCUAGUGGUUGUAUCAUUGCCAUUACAGAGGAAGAAAGUGUGGCCACACAUUGUGCAGUCAAGGCAGAUCGAGUGCUGAACAUCAAAGACUUGGAUGACGACCUGCUACUUCGCAAAUCGAUCAAGGGCUGUGACUAUCAUGGAAUCGGAGCCAAGGAGGCUUCCAAACGGGGUCACUUUUUCUCCAACAGAAGGGAAGAAGCACGUGACUGGAUGGAUAAAUUUGGUUCUGUUGUCGAUCGGACAGGAUUUUACUGUGCCGAACAUCGUUUUAAUGUGAGCUCCUUGCGCGGGAUCCAUGAUACUGAGAAAUUGGCUAUUGCCAAGAAACUUUACUACGACCAAAUGCCUGAUGUAGGUGAAGGCGAUGUACGUCCCCGUCAUACACGCUUUCCAUUUACAAAGUUCAGCUGGGUCAAUGUACCGGAUCCGUUUGAUUUGACGUAUUUCUGUUGGCGCUUACUUUUGGAUUUUCAUUCGGAUAAUCUUGAAGCCAAGCAAACCGUAGCUGUUGAUAUGAUGGAAGGGCUCAAAGAUCCAUUUCAAGGGUGCCUUGAUCUCCUGCGCGAGCAAGAGUGCUUCGUUGUUAUUGAAGGUGUACGAUCCAGGGAUGAUUGGAACCAAAUAAAAAGUGCCUUAUUUUCUUAUCGUCGUCAAGGGCAUAUUAAGCCCAGCGCCCUAAGACGUAUCUUGGUCAUUACAAAAGAUAAAAGUGUGGAUCUAGGAGAUGGAGUGUCCUAUAUUGAUGGUCCAAAUUAUGACCUGCCCGCUGAUCCACCGUUGACAAAGAAGCCAGGGUACUCAGACCAGGACAUGAGUCGCGCCUUUUCUAGUAGAAUGAUAGAGGCAUGUGACUGGAUCAAGAAAUUUAGACUUAUUGGGCAUCAUCAAAAUAUUUUAUGGAUUAAACUUUUAGAUAAAAGGCAGGGUGUGAUCUCAGUGUGGGGGAUCGCAGGGAUUGGGAAAUCAUAUCUAGUCAGAAGAUUCUACCACACCAGUAUGACUGGUAGCUACCGUGGUCUCAGCCGAGCAGAACGUAUUGACUUCUUACGACUAGAUUCCAUAGUCACAAAGUAUGCCUGGGUGGAUGUGCCCUAUCCGUUCAAUCUGACAGACUUGUGUAGCCUCUUAAUUUUGGACUUUCAUUCAGAUGAUCUUGAAGCAAAGGAAAUUGCAGCAGUUGGUAUGAUGCAAGGCCAGGACCCAAUUCAAGUGUGUCAUGAGUUUCUUCAUCAGCACAAAUGCCUCGUUGUCAUUGAUGGUCUGCGCUCCAAUGAUGACUGGGACUUGAUAAAAGAUGCCUUGUUAUCCGAGCCAUUAAAAGGAUAUAUACUUGUUGUUACAAAUGAAGAAAGCAUCGCCAGACAUUGUGUUGUAGAUACUGAAAAAGAUGUGGUCAAUGUUAAAGGUCUAAGCGCUGAUUGGGCGCUCGAUGUCUUCUCAAAGGCAAUGUGUUACCCAAUGGCAGGAAAAGAGAUAGCUAAUUGGAAGGAAUCGAUUUCCACGCAACAGCUUUCAAACCUCAUCACGAAGUGUGGAGGGCUACCCCAAGUACUAACUGCUAUAGGAGAGUACUGCCGUGAGUACCAGCACAUAAGAAAAUGUGGUUUGGAGACUGUCAAUGCUGCCGACUUCAUGGGCAUGUUGGAGACCGAUCCAAAAUUCCACAAUUUAAGGGGUCUAUUUGAUUGGAUGCAGUCCUACUUUGUUGCUUGCCCCGAUUCACUCAAGCCAUGUAUCUUCUAUCUCUCAGUCUUCCCUUUAGGCUAUGAUAUUAGGAAAAGUCGUUUGCUAAGGAGGUGGAUUGCUGAGGGUUACUCCAGGGACACACUUGGUAGUACAGCGGAAGAGAACGGAGAAAAUUUUAUCUCCGAGCUUGUCAAGUUGAGCAUAAUCCAACAGAAGCAUUCACCAAGCAUGGAGGACCUGUGCCAAGUUAAUGGUUUCUUCCGUGAAUAUAUUUUUUCACGGCCAAUGCAAGAUAACCUUGUGUUUGCACUAGAGGGGCGUUGCAUCCCGAACACGCAACGUGCUGGACAACACCUCACCAUAAGCAGAUGCUGGGAUAGAGACAAGAUUCUGUUUGAGAGCAUGGAAUUGUCACGGCUACGGUCAUUGACAGUGUUUGGGGACUGGAGGUCAUUCUUCAUCUCUCCUGAUGUCAAAAUGAAAUAUCUUCGGGUGCUCGAUUUGGAGGACACAUCAGGUGUAACAAAUGGUGACAUUGAACAGAUAGGGAAUCUACUGCCACACCUCAAGUUCCUCUCCCUACGAGGAUGUCAAUAUAUUACCCGUUUGCCGGCAUCAUUGGGUGGCUUGAGGCAACUCCAGACUCUAGAUAUCAAAGGCACACGUAUAGUCACGCUGUCAGCUACUAUCAUCAAGCUUAAGAAGCUACAGUACGUCCGUGCUGGACCACCACUGGAUAGUGAUGUUGCGAGCACAAGCCAACGACCAGCAGCAGCAGCAACACCACCAGCAGUCGAUGGAGAUGGUGACGGUGCUGGUGUGAGCACAAGCCAACCAACACCAACAGCAGCUGCAGAUGUUGACGAGGCCCGGACGUCAGCAGCGCGGAGAAGCGGGCCACGUGGUGGCUUGGUGUUUAGCUGGUUGUCAAAGUUGAACAGACACGGACAUGUUAGCAGCGCUCAUGAUGGUGUUCAGUUUCCUGUUGCUGCAGCAUGGGGGAUUGGGAAGUUGACGGCCUUACAUACUCUUGGUGUUGUGAAUGUCAGCAAUGUAGGUGGGAAGGUUGUCCUCAGAGAGCUCAAGAAGAUUACCCAGUUACGCAAGCUAAAAUUGUCUGGUAUCAACCGAAAAAACUGGCAGGAUUUUUGUUACACCAUCUCUGGUCACGGCUAUCUCGAAUCCUUAUCAGUUCGACUCGACCAUGAUGAGCAGCAGGAUCAUCUGUGUAAUUUGGAUGACAUCUCCAAGCCACCAAAGACACUAAAGAGCCUCAAGCUAUACAGGGGCAAUGUACACGUAUCACCAGUUUGGAUGAAGCAACUUGAUGGUCUCAAAAAGGUUGAUGUCGAAGAUCUUGAGCUGACAAUAUCAGAGCAAGUGGACAUAGACAGCCUUAAGGAUUUGCGAUGCAAGGAUAAGUAUCGUCAUCUUUGCGUCAAGCCAAUUGAAGAUGGAAAUCUCCAUUAUGGUUGGAGGGAGGAGGACUGGAUUGGUGGAGGCUUCGGAGAUGCCACUGUCCUCAAGAUCAAUUGCGGUAGCUACAGAUCAGAGAUAGCUUUUGGACAGUGGAUAACGCGUACUGUUGAGUCGCUGGUGGUUCACUGCUCUACAACUGAGUCUUCUUUGGAGCUUUCUGGGCUAGAGAAUCUAUGCAGACUCAAGGAAGUGUGGCUUACAGGUUCCUACAAUGAAGCAAUCAAACAAGACCUGGAGCAGAAACUUGCCGAUCAUGCGAACGAACCUGUCCUGCAUUUCGAGGACCAAUCAGAAUGUAUGUGUAUGCCCUCUAUAUAUUUCUGCAGCUAG